AUGACAGGUUGUGCCAAAGACGUGAAAUGCGUGCUCAUUGGUGACAACGGGGUUGGCAAGACAACACUCUUGACCCGAUACGUGACCAAUCAACUAUGCAACCCCGAUUUCCAAGUAUUUGACAACUGCGCAGUGGAUAUCAGAGUUGAUGGCCGGCCCUACAGCCUGGGAUUCUGGGACACCUGGAACGACGACGAAAGGAACCGGAUUCGCCGGCUUUGUUAUCUCAAUACCGACGUGUUUCUCAUCUGCUUCUCUGUUGUCAACCGUCAAUCCUUCUCCAGCGUGAAAUACUACUGGUGCGAUGAACUACGGAGUUGCUGUUCUGGGGUUCGGUGGCUGCUGGUUGGUACCCAGAUCGACGCAAGGGACUACAAUUCUGGUCUACAAGUCAGGAAGGACCGGAGAGGACAUGUAACGCGUCAAGAGGGUGAGAGGAUGGCUAGAAAACUGGGCGCUGCUAGAUAUAUGGAGUGCUCUGCUCAGGAUCAAUUCAACGUCAAGGAGCUCUUCCAUGAGGCAAUCCGUGUUUCACAAGAGCCAAUGACUACUGCAAAGGAAAAGAGCACAUGUGUGAUAGUCUAA